CUAGCGCCGCUCUCCCUCCUCACGUCACGCGUGCCAAGUGCGAUCCCCCCUCCUCGCCCCAACACAAACCCCUCUCUCAUCUCUCCUCUCUCUCUCUCUCGCAAACCCUCCUCCUCUCCUCCCCUCUCCGCCCCCGCCGCCGGCCGUGCCCCUCCUCCUCCUCCUCCUCCGGCCGAAGCGCGCCGCCCACGAGCAUCAGCUCCCCCUCCUCGUCCCUCCCUCCCUCCCCACUGUCCGCCGGACUGACGGUGGGGGGCGCCUCUCCCGCCCACGAGGAUAGAAAGCCCUAGCUUCGUCUCUGCUCUGUGCCUCCGCCGCUCUUCCCCCGCUGGCCGGACGGCGGCUGCCCCUCCCCUCCCCUCCCCUCCCCUCCCCUCCCAUUCGUCGCUCGUCGACCCCUCUCCGCCGCCGAGGCUCGCUGUCCCAAGCUAAUCCGUCCGCUUCGUUGAGGAUUCCAUUGAAUGCUUGGCUGUGGUGGAGUGCUACACGACUGCUAGUAGCAGCUUGCUUCUCAGCAAUUUGGGUGAACCCCCCACAUUCUUGAGGCAGUAACAAUUGGAUCUACAUCUUGCCACUACAAAAGGAUCAACGAUCUGUACUAGCCUUCAUUUGUGGGUUCCUCAUUGGGAAUUGGGAUUCUUUACAAUGGCAGAUAUGAGCCCUAGGACAGAUACAUCAACAGAUGAUACCGAUGAUAACCACAUGCUUGAACCAGGUCAGCUUGCUCUUGCUGCUGCUUCUGACUCUGACAGAUCCAAGGACAAACAUGAAGAUCAAAAGACAUUGCGUCGGCUCGCCCAAAAUCGCGAGGCUGCAAGGAAGAGUCGUUUGAGGAAAAAGGCAUAUGUUCAACAAUUGGAGAAUAGCAGGCUAAAGCUUACACAACUAGAACAAGAAUUGCAACGAGCUCGUCAGCAGGGCAUUUUUAUAUCCAGCUCAGUGGACCAGACUCAUUCCAUGAGUGGAAAUGGGGCAUUGGCUUUUGAUAUGGAGUAUGCACGUUGGUUGGAAGAACACAAUAGGCAAAUUAAUGAGCUAAGGUCUGCAGUCAAUGCUCAUGCAGGUGAUAAUGAGCUCCGUGGUGUUGUUGACAAGAUCAUGUCACACUAUGAGGAGAUUUUCAAGCAGAAAGGAAAUGCGGCCAAAGCAGAUGUCUUUCAUGUGUUAUCAGGCAUGUGGAAGACACCAGCUGAGAGGUGUUUCUUGUGGCUAGGAGGAUUCCGACCAUCCGAGCUUUUAAAGCUUCUUUCGACACAGCUUGAACCUCUCACUGAGCAGCAGCUGUCAGGGAUAGCCAACCUUCAGCAGUCUUCACAACAAGCUGAAGAUGCUCUUUCACAAGGAAUGGAGGCCCUUCAGCAGUCCUUGGCAGAAACAUUGGCUGGGUCUCUUGGUUCUUCUGGAUCAACGGGAAACGUGGCAAACUACAUGGGCCAAAUGGCAAUGGCCAUGGGGAAGCUUGGGACCCUUGAGAAUUUCCUUCGCCAGGCUGACAACCUGCGGCAGCAGACUCUUCAACAGAUGCAAAGGAUACUGACCACUAGGCAGUCUGCCCGUGCGCUUCUUGUGAUAAGCGAUUACUCUUCGCGGCUUCGUGCCCUUAGUUCCCUCUGGCUUGCUCGGCCGAAAGAAUAGCAAGCGCAAGUAACUUGACUGCAACCACAUUUUUCGGGUUUGGGAGGUGAUGGUGAUCUUACCUGGAAGAGUUGACAAUCCUGCAAAGGACUUGAUUCGGAGAUAUUUGCACAUACUAUAAUCCAAAAGAGAUCCUUGUGUUCAGGUAGCUUAGUCUUAUGGUUAAGUGCAUUAGGCCCUGGCCCAUGUUGUACUGUUAGCCGCUGUAAAAUACUGUUCCAUUAUUACUUAUGUAUCUGUAAUAUCCUAAUUUUCAGAGAAUCAUUAGAAUGGGAAUUGGGAACGGUCUUAUUGACUAUCCCGUGGGUAUUUGACAUCUCUUAGGAAAAACUAGCUUACUGUCAUGGACACAGCGCCAUGUCAAUAAUCUAAUCAAGGAUAUGUGACCAUUCAGUUGCAUUGGAAUUUCUGUGACUGAUGGAUUGUGUUUUGUCGAUUGAACACUA